UCUGAGCUAGUAAACUUAGUUUACAAAUUUUUUGUUUGGAUUUACGUAAUCAGAGUUAAAACCUCAUGACUGGUGCAAUUUUUUUCACGAGAUAAGACUCCAGUUAUCUCCUCUCGAGUUAUCUAAACUCGUAAGUUACUCUAAACUAUUAUCACUAAUAGUCGCGUUUACGCGAUAAAAAAACGCGUGCGGUCUAAAGAAGAAGAAAAAGAGGACGACAACGACGAAGGUGGGGAAAGGACGGAGCGGAGGGCAGUAAAAAGUAUAUAGGUAGAGGUGGGUGUACACAUAUUUAAGGCUGCCAUGCUCACGCCCCACCGUAUCCUCCAGCCGUGCGAAUAUUUUAUAAAGACAGUACGCUCGUUACAGUUAGCCAGUUACAGUGUCACAUCGUCGUCGCGAUUGUUGCUCGCUCGAGAAUUUAAUCGUCGUCACCUGCUACAAAAUCCCUCGUCGGCAGAAUCGCUCGUAAAAACACUCGGUGCAUCAUUUACGACAAUGGCGAAAAUAAAGGCAGGCCCAGUUGUCGACAUUCUUGGAGAUGAAAUGACACGCAUCAUAUGGGAUUCGAUCAAGGAGAAACUCAUAUUGCCCUACUUAGACAUUGAGCUGCAUACUUACGACUUGGGUAUCGAAAAUCGCGAUGCCACAAACGACAAUGUGACGGUAGAAUGCGCUGAGGCAAUUAAGCGUUAUAACGUCGGCAUCAAAUGCGCCACUAUUACACCCGAUGAAAAACGUGUAGAGGAGUUCAAUCUGAAGCAAAUGUGGAAGAGUCCUAAUGGUACCAUUAGAAAUAUCCUGGGCGGUACGGUAUUUCGCGAGGCGAUUAUAUGCAAAAAUAUACCGCGGCUGGUGGUAUGUUGGAAGGAACCGAUCAUUAUCGGCAGACACGCGCACGCCGAUCAGUACAAAGCAACGGAUUUCGUGGUACCAGGCCCAGGCAAGCUGGAAAUCACAUGGACCGGCGCUUCCGGCGAAAAGAUCCAACACACUGUCCACGAUUUUAAGGGUCCCGGUAUCGCUCAGGCUCAAUAUAACACCGAUGAGAGCAUACGCGCAUUUGCUCAUAGCUCAUUCCAAUAUGCGCUAUCGCGAAAUUAUCCCCUCUAUCUGUCUACAAAAAAUACGAUUCUAAAGAAAUAUGACGGACGCUUCAAGGACAUAUUCCAGGAGAUUUACGAUAAAGAGUACAAGCAACAAUUCGAAGCGAAGAAAAUAUGGUACGAACAUCGAUUGAUCGACGACAUGGUGGCGUACGCUAUGAAGUCUGAGGGUGGUUUCGUAUGGUCGUGCAAAAACUACGACGGAGAUGUGCAAUCGGAUUCGGUGGCUCAAGGCUAUGGUUCCUUAGGUAUGAUGACUUCGGUUCUCUUAUGUCCGGAUGGUCGCACGAUCGAAGCCGAGGCUGCCCAUGGCACCGUCACCCGUCACUACCGUCAACACCAGCAGAGCAAAGAGACAUCCACAAACCCGAUUGCUUCCAUCUUUGCGUGGACUCGCGGACUAUUGCAUCGCGCCAAACUCGAUAAUAACGAGCCUUUACGACACUUUGCUGAAACACUGGAGAAAGUCUGCAUAGACACCAUCGAAUCUGGUUUCUUCACCAAGGAUCUCGCCAUAUGCAUCAAGGGUAUGAAUAAUGUCACUAGGGCUGAUUACUUGGAGACUUUCGAGUUUAUGAACAAGCUCGCCGACAAUCUGAAAAAGCAGCUUAAUAUAUGACUCGUUACUCAUAAAGAAUGUACGAGUCUACAAGCCAAAUAUUAAGUAUACAUUCAACAAAAGAAAAAAAGUAAUCCUUUUUUUGUAUGGUUACGGGAAAAUGAAGGCUUCAAUAUAAAUAUA